AUGUUUUAUAAGUUCGAGAUGCAGCAUAUAAUACUUGCUAUGUUGGCCGUUAUGGCUGGUAUUGCCAAUGCAAUCAGUGUGUCAAACGGAAUAAUCAGAAUCGACGGAAAAAAGCAUGUAUUUGGACAGAAGUCGAUUCCAUUGGACAUUAUGGACAGAAACGUUGAUAUUUCUUUUGAUCUCCAAAAUGAUGAUAGUGAAAAGUAUGGCAUUCCAGGACCAGAGCAGGUGAGUGUGAUUUUGGCAGACAAAAAAGAAGAUGGCACUCAAAUGUAUUUCUAUCCUGAAUAUUCACAGGAAAAUGGCAAUUAUGAGCUCACAGUUUCACUCUCGAAUGACAUUUCUCCGUACUUUAAGAAACAGACAAAGGUCUACGUCAAGGUUCUUGUGGGUGAUCCAGAUCACACGAAGAAUUUGUUGAAGAUUGUUGCCGUUCUUGAACCUUCAAGUAAGCUUAUUGAAGACACCCAGUUUAAAGCUGCUGAUAGGUUUGGUCCAAAGCCAGAGAUCCACCAUAUUUUCCAGCAGGAUGCAAAGCAGGCUCCUGCUUUUGUGUCGCAGUUCUUCAUUGUUGAUGUCGUAAUUGUCUUACUUGGCUUCUUUGGACUUCUUAUUGUUGGAAAGUCGGUCAACUUCCAGAAUCUUUCAGAAGUCGGACCAUCCGCACUUCUUCUUUUGGUUUCGUUGGCGGCAUUUGAGUUUAUAUUCUGCUUCUAUUAUCUCGGAGACUCCAUCUUUACAACAUUGUCCAGAGCUGCUAUUGUGUCUCUUUUCACGUUUUUCUUUGGUUCAAGAACUCUACAGUCUCUAUACCUACUAAGAACUAGUGGUAAGCGCUAG